AUGAAUUUAUCCUUGAUAUUCUCAGUCAUCUUUGUUGUAGCAGCAAAUGAUUAUGAAUUAUUAGCAUAACUCUAAAAUUAUGAAUUUGGAAAAACUAUUAUAGCAACUAUGCAAAUUACAUUAGAAAGCGAAGAUGCAUCCGUUGAUGGAGUUGUAAAUUAACUUUUGGCCAUGUAAAAAGCUACUCAAAUUGAUCUAGAUGACAAUUCAUAAGCUAUUAAACAAAGUUAGGAAUCUUGCGAAUAACGAUUUAAUGAAUUGCAAACUGUAAUUGAGAAUGCUUCAAAUAAAAAAGCUGAUAAUGAGAGAACUUUACCCUUCAAAUAAGAAGAAUUAAAUAUCAUUGCAUAUCAAAUUAAAGAUAAAGUUGAUUAAUAAAAGAGAGUUUAAGAUCGAAGAAAUGGAGCAGAAUUUUCAAGAUCAGUUGAAAAAAAAGAUUUCUCAUAAAAAUAAUAAGAAACCAUAGAUUUUAUAUCAGGAUUAAAAAAAGCAAAAGCCAUUUUAUCAUAACUUAAAAGUUCCUUUUUGUAAGUAGGUGAUGUUAGAGCUAAAUUACACAAGCAUCUUGAAUCCUUAAAUAAGAGUAGUCCAUAUCACGGAUUAGUCAAAAUUCUGAUUGCAGCUGCAGGCGACGAUAAUGUACCCAAAAUCAUAUAAAUAAUUGAUGAACUUGUUGAAUCAUUGUAACACUUGCUCUCUGUUGAUAGAUCCGGAGAUGAACAAAAGGAGGAACUUUAUUCAUUAUAAAAAAGUAGAUAUGAUUCAGAAUUAUAAACUUUUACCACUACAAUAGCCUCAUUACAGGCAGAGGCAGAAAAGUUGAAGCAGAAAUUACUUGAAUUUCAAAAUGAUAUUGAAACAAAAGAGCAAUUUUUAACUGUAAAAAAUUAGGAGUACAAAGAUUGGAGAAAAACUUGUGAUGAUGAUUUAAGAGCAAACCAAAAUUUACGAUAAAUAAAAUUCAAUGAAUUAAAUAUAAUUAAUGAAUGCAUUGAGAUCUUCACUACUAGACUUAAUCCAUAAAUCAAGAGCUAUAUCUAAGAAUUAGAGAUUUGAAAUAUACAUUAAACAAUUUAGGAUAAUAAUUAUUUUAUUAGUUAUAUUUU